AUGGGCCGAUUAUGCGCUAAAUUGACUGAUAGGAAACUACAGGUGGCUCGCUUAGGUUUGAAGGCGGCAAAACAAUCGACAGAAUGUAUAGCAUUGCAUUGCAUCAGUUUUUUCUUCUUCCCUGAUUUAAAACAAAAUCACACACACGUACACAGGGCUGGCUAUCUAUCUAUCUAUCUAUCUAUCUAUCUAUCUAUCUAUCUAUCUAUCUAUCUAUCUAUCUCAGUCUGUUUAUUUCUAUCUAUCUAUCUAUCUAUCUAUCUAUCUAUCUAUCUAUCUAUCUAUCUAUCUAUGUUAGUCUGUUCAUAUCUAUCUCGAGCUCUUCAUAUCUUUUUCAAGCUGUUCAUAUCUAUCUAUCUAUCUAUCUAUCUAUCUAUCUAUCUAUCUAUCUAUCUAUCUCAGUCUGUUCAUUAUCUAUCUAUCUAUCUAUCUAUCUAUCUAUCUAUCUAUCUAUCUAUCUAUCUAUUAGGCCAUGAAGAUUGCCUUUAA